AUGCGAUUGAAAAUGAAUAACAGCAACAGAACAUCUGUGACUGAGUUCAUUUUUCUGGGUUUCUCCAAUCAACCAAGGGUCCAGGUGAUGCUCUUUGUGGUGUUUCUGGCUAGUUACCUGCUCACAGUGUUUGGGAACAUCGUCAUCAUCUCGGUCGUCAGAGCUGACCCUCGGCUUCACACACCCAUGUAUUUUUUCCUUAUUAAUUUGUCCUUCCUAGACAUUUAUUAUGUCACCACCAAUGUCCCCCAGAUGCUGAUGAACCUUGUGACCCGAUGGAAAACUAUUUCUUUUUGGGGCUGUGUGAUCCAGAUGUAUUUUUCCCUAGCCUUUGGCAUGACAGAGUGCUUCCUGCUUGGAGUCAUGGCUUAUGACCGAUACGUAGCAAUCUGUCAGCCAUUGCAUUAUGCAGCCGUCAUGAACUGGAAGCUCUGUGUUCAGCUGGCUGCCUUUUGUUGGGGCAGCAGUUUAAUGAGCUCCCUGAUUAUCAACCUUUUCACCUUGCAAUUGCCUUUCUGCGGCCCUAACAUCUUGAACCACUAUUUCUGUGAAGUGCCAGCUGUCCUGUCUUUGGCUUGCACCGACACGUCCCUGGCUGAAAUGGUGGUGUUUGUUUUCAGCAUCAUCAUAGUCUUCCUUCCUUUCCUGCUGAUUAUUGUCUCCUAUACCUACAUUUUCGUAGCUGUGCUGCAGAUACAAACCACCUCAGGAAGGGCCAAGGCAUUCUCUACCUGUGCAUCCCAUCUCACGGUAGUAGCCAUAUUUUAUGGUACAGCCAUUUUCAUGUACAUGCGACCAAGGUCAAAGUCCUCACAAGACAGGGACAAAGUGAUUGCUAUGUUUUAUACCAUCAUUAUGCCCAUGCUUAACCCUCUAAUAUAUAGUCUAAGGAACAAGGAUGUGAAGGAUGUUCUGAGGAGAUCACUCGUAUCCAGACCACUUAUUAAUGAAACUGUAUCUAGGUUUGCUCCAUUUUUACACAAAGGAAAGCACUGA